GCCUGUGCGCGAAAAAGAGAUAAGAAGUGCCGUGGGAAACCGUGGCGUAACUCCUCAGGCACCACCGCCCUCACACGUGCCGCCGUCGUCCAGGUUGUUUUCCUUAUUUUCAUGAGGCAUUUUCCGCACGUCAAUUCCGACUCUUCCCUUUGCCGACCGCUCCCUUUUUCUGUCGUCACUCGCGUCCUCGUCCCGACUCGGGCCUAUUUCUGGAAGGAGUCUUUUCUUUUUUUUUGUAUCAUGGAAAUGCGCGUUUUGUUCCAUUUUUCUCUCUUUUUAAGGUGAAUAGGGAUGGCCUCACUUUCUCGCCCAUAACGGUCGCGAUACCUUUGUCACCUUCCCCCGUGGUUAUCCAUAUUUCCGCAAUCUAUCGCUUCCGCAAACGCUGCCACCUCCCUCGGUGUCGCAUAUGCGGCCAUGGGACACCUUGCUCCGUCUUCGCCUUGGCCGACCAUGUGAACAACAGGUGUAUCCCCACUCCGUGGAUGACCUCUCGCGUCGUUCGAACUACUCGCAGGGAUAAAUGUGUAUACCCACCUCUAGGGUCCGCGCCUCGUUUUAGCGUUGACAUGAACAAUACCUCCGCGAGUCUCGCGAAGUGAACCCACCUGCUCCGAUCGUUUGCCAAGUUCCUUGGGGUAGCGACUUCUUAGAUUCGACAUGCAGCUCCGGCGAGCUUUCGCCUCUUUCGUCGAUUCUGACAGAACGAGGUGCAUCCUGAUCGCUCUGGCGACUUCGUUGCUGAUUUCUAUCCCUGAGGUUUCGAGUCAGCUGGACUUGCCGCCUUUGCAAGAUGAUAGACUGGACAGAGACAGACAGACUGGGAGAUUAAACCCGCGAGUCAACGUGGACAAUGGGAAUGUCCUGGCCCAGCUUGAAUUUUUGGGCGCAGGAUUCUGCGGGGAAAACGUUGCUGCCCAAUGGGCUUAUGAGACCAACUCCAAUGAAGCAACGCAAGCACAAGCGCUGGAAGCGCAGCUGCGUUAUGCCGAGUUCCAGCAUCACUCUUGGCGUCUUAUCUCGAAUUUGGAUAGAAGUAAUAUCCAAAAUCCGGCAAUUUUUCGACGCCUCGAGUACUUGUCCGUAGUUGGUCCUGCAGCGCUUCCGCCAGAUCAGUUGAACAGAUACAAUCGUAUAAUCAACGACAUGCUUUCGAUUUACAACGACGUUACGAUUUGCUCUUACAACGACCCGUUCAGGUGUGAUCUGCGUUUGUAUCCAGAUAUCGCUCAAAUUAUGGCGAAAAGCAAGGAUUGGGACGAGCUGCAAUACGUGUGGACAGAGUGGAGGAGGCGAAAUGGGGUUCGAAUGAGAGAACUGUAUCAGCAACUUAUACAAAUUAACAACGACGCCGCACGUCUGAACAAUUUCACCGAUGCCGCCGAGUACUGGAUGUUCCCAUACCAAUCGGCGAAUUUCGAGCAAGAGAUCGAAGAUGUCUGGAGAAGCAUUCGACCUUUAUACACAGAACUGCAUGCCUAUGUUCGAAGGAAAUUGAGGGACCUCUACGGCCCUGAGAAAAUAAAUCCGCAGGCUCCAUUACCGUCUCAUGUGCUCGGAAACAUCUGGGCUCAAUCUUGGACCAACAUUCUGGAUCUUACAAUGCCUUAUCCCGGAAAAGCUUAUCCAGACGUAACUCCAGAAAUGCGAGCACAGGGUUACACUCCGAUCUACAUGUUCCAAGUGGCCGAAGAGUUCUUCCUGUCCUUAAAUUUAAGUGCGAUGCCUCCAGAAUUUUGGGCAGGAAGUAUCGUCGAAGAUCCUGGCGAUCGGAACCUGAUCUGUCAGGCAUCGGCGUGGGAUUUUUGUAAUGGACUGGACUACAGGAUCAAAAUGUGCACGAGGGUGACGAUGAAGGACCUCUUCACGGUGCAUCACGAGAUGGCCCACAUUCAGUACUUCCUGCGGUAUCGUCAUUUGCCUCGCGAGUUUCGAGAUGGUGCAAAUCCAGGAUUCCAUGAAGCUGUCGGAGAGGCGGUUGUACUGAGCGUGUCGUCGCCGCGCCACCUACAAACCCUAGGACUCGCUACAAAGUACAUAGACGAGCCUGCUGCCGACAUAAAUUACCUUUUCGCCCUGGCAAUGGAAAAAGUCGUGGGUCUGCCGUUCGCCAUCGCUAUGGACAAGUGGAGAUGGGACGUAUUUCGAGGCGUCGCCAACAGGGAGAACUACAACUGCCAUUGGCAUCGAUUGCGGGAACGGUACUCAGGGUUGAAGCCUCCAGUGCUGAGAUCCGAGGACGACUUCGAUCCUGGCUCGAAAUACCACGUCCCGGCCAACGUCCCAUACAUAAGGAACUUCGUCGCCGGGGUGCUGCAGUUCCAGCUCUUCAGGUCUCUCUGCCGAGCCGCGAGUCAGAGGUAUCCGGACAUCGCCAGGAGGCCGCUCCAUAAGUGCGACUUCUACAGGAGUCCCGAAGCUGGCAGGGUGCUGGGGAGGCUGAUGGAGAAAGGAUCCUCGUUGCAGUGGCAGGAGACUCUGCAAGAUGCGACUGGCGAAACCAGGCUCGACGGGGAGGCCUUGCGGGAGUAUUUCAGACCUCUGGAGGACUGGCUGAGGGCUGAGAACCUGAGAACCGGCGAAAUCGCCGGCUGGUCCUACGACGGCGAUUAUUGCAAGAGGAGCAUCCAAACGGCGGGUCUGCAAAUCUUCGGGGGCGGCUUCUACAACUCCGCGUCGAACCUCUUCGGGAGGGUGCAGAAGAUCGUCCUGGCCAUCUCGACUCUCUCCAUCGCCCUUCUAUCGAUACUUUAGAGAAAUUCUGAAAAGAAAAAAAGAAAUAGCGAUAUGUACCCCGGGAAUUCUACGUGUCCACCGUGUCAUCCGAGGAUUCGUCGCGCCCAUCACGUGAUCAUAAGGCGCUACGGCCCGACUUUUAAUGCAUUAAUGCACGUGCACGAUUAUCCAUUUACUCGCGCAAUAACCUUAUAUUUACAUACAAAGUCGAGCGCCCCCGUGUGCAUUCACGGUGCACACCGUUAAAUGCAUGUAAUCUCCCGUUCGAGGCAUUAUAUAAUUACGUGUACACCGCCAGCCGCUCGUGAGAGCGUACGUUCUCGUUUAAUGCGCGUCUUCCACGCUUAUGGUGAACACUUAAUUUUCCCUGUUUACACCACUUUGCGCUUUUUAUCCACCGUGACGGCAUUUUUCCAUAGCGGGCCUCCACCUUGCGACUCCACCGUGGAAACUUAGACUUUCCCUCUUCAUCGUGCAGAAGCGCGAGUCCGGCGUUAGGUUUAAUUCGUACAUUGUAGAUAGACACGACAAAUUGAAGGUUUCAACUGCAAGCCGGCACUUUGCUCUUGAAGGGCCAACCGGGCGAACGGCCUGAGAGCAUCCGGAACGAUCAUCCAAUCAUCCUCCCAGCUUUCGUCGUGACAAUAGAGAUGCCCGAUUAUUCCCCGUCGAGAGAACCACGGGUACAUUUAUUCUUGCGGUCUUUUUCCUACGGAAUUCUUUCCCGAUUCUGAGAGAAUUCCGCGACGCUGUCCUCAAGGUGACGUGAAAGGCCGCUGGAUCCGCCUACGAGAUCGCUCAAAAUUAGUCACUCAAUUUCGUAAGAAGAGAUAAAAAACAAAGUCACGUUUCAACUACUUAGUUGCCACUGUAAACGAGAGGUAUAAUGAGAGUGGUUUAAGAUGUAUAGGUAUGCCGAGAAAUAUAAUAGCCAUGUUUUUACUCGUGCAGUUUAUUUGCCAUUUUGUUAGAAUUAUCGGUUUUUAAAAAUUCUUCCUAAUUAAUUAUUUUUUUAAUUAAGGAUCAGACGUUUUCGUUGCCAUUCACGAGGCAGGAAUAAUGGGACGUGCAUUCCGAUUGGCGUAGGGGAGGGUAAUUCGAGACAUGUUUGGUCUAAGUGUAUGUAUCGAUGCGUAUGUGCACGUACGUACGUAUGUACGUAGGGAUGCGGUAGCAGUCCGACGCGACCGAUUCUGCGACAUUAUCGUAUCGCUCUUCAUACGUGACCACUGACCAGUGACAAGUGCCAUAAAUCUAUAUCGAAAGUUAAUAUUUCAUUUUAUUAGAAC